AUGCCGCAACAGGAAUUCGUUCCGAAAGACUAUACGCUCCUACACGAGGCUUCGGGAUCACCAGAUUCCACGGCUCAACAAGUCCACCUUCGAAGCACCGAAAACCCACAUGGCGUCGACUUCACCUUUGAAGCCGUGCGGCCAGGGCUUUUCCGAACCACAUUCACAUCGGGCAGCCACCCACUACCGCCCUUUCCGAGCGCAAAGAAACCGAGCACUGAGCGAUGUUCCAGGCCGCACGUCAGCGAAUCGAGCAAGACAGCAGACUUUAGAAUUGGCGGAGUUGUUGCCAAAUUAGACUGGAAGGGUGUUCCCCUCGUUUCCAUGGGCUAUGAUGGCGAGGAAGCUCUCUAUGCCGACCUCCCUUUCCGCUCGUAUGCCAUUGAUGGCACUGGUGUCGCCCACUAUACACGCUACUUCCGCGGCAGUCUCCAUGUUGGGCUGGGUGAGAAGGCAGCACCGAUGGAUCUCUCGAACAGGCACUUUACGUUGUCUGCCACGGAUUGCUUUGGAUACGACGUCCUCCGGAGUGACCCGAUGUACAAGCACAUCCCCCUCCUGAUGCGGGUGACUCCCGCGGGAGUAGUCGCGACUUUUUCGACGUCUCAUGCUCGCGGCUACUACUCCGUCGGCUCCGAGAUGGACGGCAUGUGGGGGUUCUUCAAAGUGUACAGACAGGAUCACGGGGGACUGGAACAGUACACCCUCAUCGGCAGGACGCUCCAAGAGGUGGUCAAGAUCUACGCCGACCUUGUCGGGUAUCCGCUGCUGGUGCCGCGGUGGGCCUUCGGAUACCUCGGCGGAGGAAUGAAGUAUUCCAUGCUGGAUGAACCGCCAGCCCACGAGGCCUUGAUGAAGUGGGCCUCGAAACUGGAGGAACACGACAUUCCGUGCUCCGGCUUCCAGAUGUCAUCGGGGUACACCGUGGCCGAGACGGAACCCAAGACGAGGAACGUCUUCACUUGGAACCGACAUCGGUUCCCCGUCCCGAAAGAGUUCUGUGACGCUUUCCAUGCCAAAGGUAUCCGACUCAUUGCCAACAUCAAGCCGUACAUCCUCGCCAACCACCCGGAGUAUGACAAGCUCGUGAAGGCAGGCGCGCUGUUCACGGACCCCAGCACGGGGAAGACAGGCGUCGCUCGCCUCUGGAGUGCAGGGGGCGGCACGAGUGGCGAGGGAGGCCAUAUUGAUUUCUCCUCUCAGGCCGGAUUUGACUUUUGGUACCAGGGCGUUCGGGAGCUUCGGAAAGUAGGCAUGGAUUGUAUGUGGAACGACAAUAACGAGUAUCUUGUCCCCGACGACAAUUGGCAAAUGGCACUCGAUCAUGAAUCGGUCAAAGAUAUCGAUCAGAAGAGAAAGGACGUCGGACUCUGGGGCCGAGCAAUGCACACCGAACUGCACGGCAAAGCUUCCCACGAUGCUCUGCAGGAGGUCAUGCCCCACGAACGCCCCUUUGUGUUGACGCGCAGCGCCACUGCAGGCACGAUGAAAUACGCCUGCAGUUCCUGGUCGGGCGACAACAUCACCAGCUGGGACGGAAUGCGUGGCGCGAAUGCCCUGUCUCUCAACGCCGGGAUGUGUCUCCUACAAUGCUAUGGCCACGAUAUCGGUGGCUUCGAAGGCCCUCAGCCGGGGCCAGAACUGCUGUUGCGGUGGAUUCAGCUGGGCAUUCAUAGUCCGAGAUUCGCCAUCAACUGCUACAAGACGGGCAACGACAGUCUCGUCGGGGACGUCAUCGAGCCGUGGAUGUACCCCGAGAUCGUCCCUGAAGUGAGAAAGGCGAUUCUGAGGCGAUACGAGCUCAUCCCGUAUACGUACGGCUUGAUGCUGGAAAGCCACUUCACCGCGACGCCGCCCCAGCGAUGGACCGGCUGGGGAUACGAAUCGGAUCCCGCAAUCUGGCAAUCGAAAGUCCUCCGAGAAGGGGAGGGACAGUAUUGGCUGGGAGACACGCUCCUCGUCGGAGGCGUCUACGAACCAGGCGUCACGGAAGCCAACGUCUACCUCCCCAAGGGCGAAACGUCCCAGCUGGGCUUCUGGAACACGAAUCCUCCGUACCAAUACCUCCCCGCGGGACAGUGGCACACCAUCUCUGCCCCCUGGAAAGCGAGCAUCCCCGUCCUCGCACGCAUUGGAGGUGCGAUCCCGGUCGGUCGACCCGGCCAGACUUGCGCGCCGGGCGAUACCACGAAUGAGGCAGCUCUCCCCCAGGACGACUAUCGCGGCGUGGAAAUCUUCCCUCCGCCCGAGGAGUUCUCCGACGGCGAAAGGCGGUUUGAGACUCGCUGGCUGGAAGACGAUGGAAUCUCACCUGGGCAACCGCAACACGCCAGUUUCUGGAUCGGAUACGUUGCGACUCCCGCACAGGUGCGUGUGGAAGUUGAAAUGCGCGUGGAAAGCGGAAGCUUCGUGCCUCCUUGGGUGAAGCACGGCAUCACGGUGAUUUUACCCGUCGGUGAUGGGCGAGAGGUCGUCGCGUUCCCCGGGACUGGUGCGGCUGUGGAGGAGAGGAGGCGGGAUGCCCAGGGCCGGAGGAGGUUUCAGACUUGGUGGUGGGGGAAGGCUCGCGGGGAGGGUGUAGCCGUCUGUCUCCAUUGGUGGUGA